AUCACACACACCAAACGUAGAAGGAAGAGUUUGAUGAACGUGCAUCGACACUCCACAGCAACGGCGACAACAACGACGGUGCCGAUGGCACCCAGAAGUCAGAUUCCAUAGAAACAUUAUCAAAACAACACGAUACACGCAGAGAGACAGAGAGACAGAGAGAAUAUCAGGGACGUUAAUCAAUCUGUCUUCGUCGCUGCCGUUGCCCGUCUCCGGUGGCAGCGGCAUUUGGAGAGGCUAGCCACAGCGAGAUAUUCGCGGGCGCAUUCCCGUCUCCGGCUCCCUCUCGAACCCGAGGGGAAGGGAGGAGACAGAGCGUGAGCCGAGAGAUGGCGUGGCGUAUGAAGAAGGAGGCGGUGGAGGACGCGGUGGUCAUCGGGGGGUUGGUCGGCGUCCAGUUCGUCUAUGCCGGGAACUCGGUGCUGCUGAGCUACCUCAUGUCGCUCGGCUUCACCCCCCUCACGCUCGUCAUGUUCUCCGCUCUCGCCACCUUCUUCAUCCUCUCCCCUGCCGCCGUCGUCUUCGAAAGGAGUUUGUGGCCUAGGAAGAUCAGCUUGAAGCUGAUGCUCCAGCUUGUUUUGAUUUCCUUCACUGGCGUGACUCUGUUUCAAUCCCUGUUCCUGAAGGGAAUCAAGAUGACAUCACCGGGCAUGGCCACGGCCAUGCCGAACCUCGCUCCGGGGCUGAUCUUCGUGAUCGCUUGGGCCAUUAGACUGGAGAAAGUUAAGAUCAGUUGCGUGUACAGCAAAGUCAAGAUAGUAGGCACACUUUUGUGUGUGGCUGGUGCUCUCGCAAUGAGCCUGAUGCACAGUGCGGGAAAGAAGGAGGUUAAAUUUACCUCUGCCUCAGUGGACUUCGUUUUUGACAAAGAAAAGAUCAUAGGAUGCUUGUAUCUCAUGGCGGCGGUUUUCGUACUGUCGAGCAACAUCGUUCUGCAGGCCGUGACUUUGGGUCAUUUUCCUGCCCCGAUGUCCUUGUGUGCGAUAACAUCCUUAAUCGGGGCAUUCACGACUGCGGCUGUGCAGCUUUUUGAAGAUCACAAGUUGGUGUUCAGUUUGCCACUCGUGAGCUUCGGAAACCUAGUCGGAUUUUCAGUACUGGCAGGUGUCGUUAGCGGACUAACAGUGAGCUUCAAUGGAUGGGCGAUGAAGAAAAGAGGGCCGGUCCUGGUAUCGAUGUUUAGCCCCAUUGGAACGGUGUGCUCUGUUGUUCUUUCCAUUUUCACCAUUGGCGACACCAUUAAACUAGGAAGCCUUGGGGGUAUGUUCCUUAUGUUCACCGGGCUCUACUUCGUACUGUGGGCUAAAGGGAAAGAAGCUUCCUUACCUGAAGAUGGCUUAGAAAGUGAGUUUGAUGCAGAGAAGCCUCUUUUAACUUGAUGCCUUCCUUCAUGAUUUGUACUGUAAACUCCCAUUCACGCCCAGGUCUAUAGUUAGACCUCCUCGAAGAAAAAGGAGCCUCAAAUGGAAAUGAACCAUCAGCCAGUCCCCUGAUCGAUUCAUGUUAGCAAAUCGGUCCCGAUCCAUGGCCGAGUAAUUCGUCGUGCAAAUUGGUGACUGUUAAUGUGGAUGUUAGGCAGAUGAAACAGUCCAUUGCUUGCACUUAGUCAGAAUGCAUUACGAAACGAUUCGACAGUGAACAUUUGCAUGUAUACCUCGAGCCAAAGGAAUAUGAAUGGAUGGCAAAAGAGUCGUGUGAUUUUAAA